AUGAGGCCGUUAUUAAUUUUAUUGUUUUUGAAGUGCCUAAUUUUCGGUGAAUCUCGUCAAAUAUCAUCGUUUUUCCAAAAUUUCUUCGACAAUUAUAAUUCAGCACUUUCAAAAUCGCCAAUUCAUGACACAAAUAAUUUUUUGCCGGAAUAUGACUUUAUAAUUGUGGGUGCUGGAUCAGGAGGAUCUGUGUUGGCCAAUAGACUUACGGAAAAUUCAAAUUGGACAGUUUUGCUAUUAGAAGCCGGAAAAGAAGAAUCAUUUAUAACGGAUAUUCCGAUAUCGAGUUCAGGGAUGAGUAUUACAGGCUACAACUGGGGAUAUCGUUCUGAUCCGGUGAAAAAUGCAUGUCGACGUCUACAAUAUGGUGUUUGUAAUUGGGUCCAUGGCCGAGCGUUAGGCGGAACUAGUGUAGUAAAUUUCUUAAUUUACACCCGCGGGAAUGCCCGAGACUACGACGAAUGGGAAGCUGCUGGCAACCCUGGUUGGGGCUGGAAAGAUGCCCUUCCAUACUACAAAAAACUGGAAAAUGUCAAAAUUCCCGAAUUACGUAAUUCGCCAUUGCGAGGCACAAAUGGACCACUCGAUAUUGAAUAUGCCAACUUUCGUUCCCCAUUAUUGGAUGCAUUUCUCGAUGCAGGCCGUGAAAUGGGUUAUCAAGUAGGUGACCCAAACGGCGAGUCUCAAUUGGGAUUCUCGCAAUGCCAAGCAACGAUGCGCCGUGGAAGACGAUGCAGUGCUAGCAAAGCGUACAUUCGUCCCGCAGCUGGACGUCCUAACUUGCAUAUUUCGAUGAAAUCACGCGUAACGAAAGUUGUUAUAGAUAAAAAUACAAAAACAGCGAUCGGAGUGGAAUUUUACAAAAAUAAAAGGAAAUAUUUCUUGAGAGCGACGAAAGAAGUUAUUUUAGCUGCAGGAGCAAUAGGAUCUCCGCAUUUGUUAUUGCUCUCAGGUGUGGGACCUGCCGAACAUUUACGCGAAUUUGGGAUUCCAGUGAUGCAAAAUUUGCAAGGAGUGGGCGAAAAUUUGCAAGAUCACAACACGUUAUCAGGUCUCACGUUUCUAGUGAACGAUUCGAUAACAAUUAGUGACAGUACUGCACAAAAACCAUUGAAUCUCGUGGAUUACUGGUUCGAAGGAAAAGGUCCCUUGACUUUGCCAGGAGGAGCGGAAGGACUUGCCUUCGUUAAAACAAAUGUUUCUUAUUUGCCUGCAAAUGUGCCCGAUAUUGAGCUAGUAAUGGGCCCUGGAUCACUAAAUGGCGAUAAACAUGGAUCAUUAAGAAGGUUGCUCGGAUUUACGGAUGAAUUUUAUCAUUCAAUGUUUGAUGGAAUAAUUGAGAGGCCCGGUUUUGGUAUGGUUCCUGUCCUAAUGAAGCCUAAAAGUCGUGGAUUUAUCAAAUUAAAGAGCAAAAAUCCAUUUGAUUGGCCCGUCAUGCAACCGAGAUUUUUUGAACAUCCACAUGAUAUGGAAAUUAUGUUACAAGGAGCCAAAAUGACUGUAGCAGUUGCUGAAUCCCGUCCAUUUCAAAAAUUCAAUUCAAAACUAUUCGCAAAACCGUAUCCAGGAUGUGAAAAUGUUCCUUUUCGCAGCGAUGAAUAUUAUAAAUGUUUGAUUGUUAAUUACGCAUCCAGUUUACAACAUCAAUCGGGUACUUGUAAAAUGGGUCCUGCUAGCGAUUCGAGUGCGGUGGUCGAUUCUGAGCUUAAAGUUUAUGGCAUCAAGGGUCUGAGAGUGGUUGAUGCUUCGAUAAUGCCAACUAUUCCUGCUUCUCAUACGAAUGCAGUUGUGUUUAUGAUUGGGGAAAAGGGUUCGGAUUUAAUUAAAAAUCAUUGGAAAUAAUUUUAGUUUAUAAUUUUACAUGAAAAAUACUCAA